CAGAACUUCAUCUGUUUUCUUUGUCCUCACCAAGCCAGAGAGAGAAAUGGAAGAAGCAUCAUGUGUAUGCUUAGUUGUCAUACUGAUACUUGCUCUAACAUUGGCAUGGAGGGUGCUGAACUGGUUAUGGCUAAGGCCAAAGAGGUUAGAGAGGCUCCUAAGAGAGCAAGGCCUUCAAGGAAAUCCCUACAGGCUUUUGGUUGGGGAUUUAAAGGAGAUUAUGAAUAUGCAAAAGGAAGUCACAUCCAAACCCAUGAAUCUCUCCCAUGAUAUAGUGCCUCGUGUCUUUUCCUUUCUCCAACACACUCUCAACACACAUGGCAAGAAUUCUUUUAUUUGGUUUGGGCGAAAACCAAGGGUGAUCAUCACAGAGCCUGAGUUAAUCAAAGAUGUACUUAAUAAGAUGCAUGAUUUCCCAAAGCCUGACACGAGUCCGCUUGUCAAGUUACUUGCUACUGGUCUUUUAAACCAUGAGGGAGAAAAAUGGAACAAGCACAGAAGAAUAAUUAGCCCUGCAUUCAAUUUAGAAAAAUUGAAGAAUAUGUUACCAAUAUUCUACAAAAGUUGCAAUGAUUUAAUUAUCAAGUGGGAGGAAAUGUUGUCUUCUGAUGGAUCAUGUGAAAUUGACGUAUGGCCUUUCCUUCAAAAUUUAUCUAGUGAUGCUAUUGCUCGAACAGCAUUUGGAAGUAGUUAUGAAGAAGGAAGAAAAAUAUUUCAACUUCUAAAAGAGCAAGCAGAACUUGCAAUGAAAGCUAUAAUGAAACUUUACAUCCCUGGAUGGAGAUUUCUACCUACUGCUAACCAUAGGAGGAUGAAGGAAAUUGAUAGAGAAAUAAAAGCUUCACUUACAGAUAUGAUUAGCAACAGAGAGAAAGCACUAAAGGCGGGUGAGGCUACCGAGAAUGACUUGUUAGGUAUACUUUUGGAGUCAAAUCACAAGGAAACUGAAGAACAUGGAAACAGUAAGAAUGUUGGAAUGAGUCUUGAGGAUGUAAUCGAGGAAUGCAAGCUAUUCUACUUCGCAGGGCAAGAGACCACUUCAGCUUUACUUGUUUGGACCAUGGUGUUGUUAAGUAGGUACCCUGAUUGGCAAGCACGUGCGAGGGAGGAAGUUUUACAAGUAUUUGGCAAACAAAAACCAAAUUUUGAUGGGCUAAGUCACCUUAAGAUUGUCAGCAUGAUUUUGAAUGAGGUUCUUAGGCUAUACCCACCAGCAGUUGGCCUUAAUAGAAAUGUUGACAGAGAUAUGAAACUCGGAAACCUAUCAUUACCUGCUGGAGUGCAAGUUUCCUUACCAACAACUAUGGUUCACCAUGACCGCGAACUCUGGGGUGAUGAUGUGAAUGAAUUCAAACCUGAGAGAUUUUCUGAAGGAGUUCUGAAGGCCACAAAUGGCAGAGUUUCAUUUUUUCCAUUUGGAUGGGGUCCUAGAAUAUGCAUUGGACAAAACUUUUCCUUGUUGGAGGCAAAGAUGGCUUUGUCAACGAUUUUACAACAUUUCUCAUUUGAACUUUCUCCAGCUUAUGCUCAUGCUCCUGUUACAGUAUUUACUCUUCAGCCCCAAUAUGGUGCUCAUGUCAUUUUACGUAAAGUUGAAAUAUAAAAAAUAAUAGUAACAAGCCUUGUUUGAUUUGCAUUUCAGAAUUGCAAAUUUUAUAAAGCAAUGAUAAUAGCAGUUUGCUACCAAUUCAUGCAUUUUGAUA